AGGAUUUGGACCAUUCCAUCCGUUUGCGAAUCGUCGUUGUCGCCGCUCUCUCUGUAAACUCCAAACAUUCCAGACCACCCUCCAUCAGCCGUACAAUUGUAUGAAAAGCACUCCAAAACAAUUUGCGAGUGUCUUGCUAUCCAACUUGAAUCCAAUUCAUCCAAAGCAAGUCAUUAUUAAAUUAUCCCAUGUCAUCGUUACAGAACCAGUUAUUACUUUCUCAUCUUCUGGGAAUACCCAUGCAUUGAUGCCACCAGAUACUUAAUCUUUAUUCAUUCAUGGAAUAAGCCAUAGCCCUUUUUGCGGACAACCACCACAAAUCGAGUGGACCCAAGGCUUAAUUCACCAGACAGCAUUGGGUCUGUGGUCUGUGGAAAAAAAAAUGCGUGGACGACGGGAAGAACAGUGCGAACGCUGCCGCCAUCAAGUCUGUUAUUGUCUCUGAGCAACGUACGUAACUUUUACGAUCCUUUAAAAGGAGAAGACUUGAAAGGGUUGCUGCGUUUCAUUUCGUAAAUUUUUCCGCAAAAAUGACGAGUCGGGAGACUCGAGAGCCAAUGGCCAAAGCUCCGGAUGACCACAGCGUCGAGACGUUGGCAGAGGUGUUUCGAUGCUUCAUUUGCAUGGAAAAAUUGAGAGAUGCACACUUGUGUCCUCAUUGUAGUAAACUGUGUUGUUACCUAUGCAUAAGACGCUGGUUAACCGAGCAAAGGUCACAAUGUCCUCACUGCCGAGCUGCGCUUCAUCUACAUGAAUUAGUCAAUUGUCGUUGGGUCGAGGAGGUCACCCAACAGCUAGACACCCUUCAAGCCGUUACAAUUUCUAAUUUGGCAACUGAUGAUUCUAAUGACAAAUGUACUAUUCACCAUGAAAAGUUAUCGGUUUACUGUUGGACCUGUAGACGAUGCAUUUGUCAUCAAUGUGCACUGUGGGUUGGCACUCAUUCCCAACACACUUUCAAGCCACUGGAAGAGGUUUACAAGACUCAUGUUACUCAAAUAAAAUCUGAAAUAGGACAGUUAAAACGUAGACUUCUAGAAGUAAUAACUCUUGUUCAAGAAGUUGACCGCAACGUAGAAUCUGUUCGAUCAGCUAAAGAUGAAAGAGUUCGGGAAAUCAGAAAUGCUGUUGAACUCAUGAUUGCUAGAUUAGAUUCUCAAUUAAAAGCAAAACUGCUAACAUUGAUGAGUCAAAAAAAUUCUCUGACACUGGAAACUGAGCAGCUAGAAGCAUUACUCCAAGACGUAGAACAACAGUUACAUACUUGUUCAAGAUCUGAGCUCAUUACUCGUAGUGCUGAAUUGUCUCAUAUUAUUUAUCAAGUCCGUAAGAAACCCAUGACUAGUUUCGUAACGGCUUCAGUUCCAGCUGAUUUUCCUAGUGAAAUCGUACCCGGUUAUGAUAGUGCUACCUUUGCCAUGCAGAAUUUUUCUCAACUGCAACUCAAAGCAGAUCCAGUUUAUUCUGCCCCGUUGCACGUUAACGGUUUGUGCUGGAGAUUAAAAGUUUAUCCAGAUGGAAAUGGAGUUGUUCGAGGGAACUACUUAUCAGUAUUUUUAGAGCUAAGUGCAGGGUUGCCUGAAACUUCCAAAUACGAAUAUAGAGUUGAAAUGAUUCAUCAGGGAUCCCGUGAUACAAGUAAAAAUAUUGUCAGAGAAUUCGCGUCUGAUUUUGAAAUUGGAGAAUGUUGGGGAUACAAUAGAUUUUUCAGGCUGGAUUUACUUGCACCCGAGGGUUACUUAAAUACUGAAUUAGAUACUCUUAUCUUGCGUUUUCAAGUUCGACCGCCAACAUUUUAUCAACGCUGUCGUGAUCAGCAAUGGUAUAUAAGUCAAUUAUUAACUGUUCAAAAUCAAUACGCUGCCCAAAUAAAUGAAUUAAAAGAAAGACUGAGUUUAGAAAUUUCGCGCAAUGCUGGAGCAACAGCAUGCAGUCCUACUCUUGAAGUUUCUAAUUCUUUUACUAAUCAACAGCAGCGUCCUAAUCCAAGUUUAGGAGAACCUCAGAACUUGUCCUUACCUUGCUCUCUAAAUAUUUUUCCUGGAGCUACUUCAAGUCCAAGCAGGAACACUUUAUCCACUGUGAAUUCGUCAAUUCCCAAUGGAGUUUGGAAAACAUUGGAAACGACUGAGUUGGCAAACGUUCAACCAGUUGGAUCCAACUCCAUUUUAUCUUCUGUUUCGUCGAAAACUAGUGUCAAGCAACAUAACUCCAGUGCAAAUAACUCUAGUUCUGCAGCCUGUCAAAUGGCCAUAAGGAAUUUCAAUCAAGAUUCUUUGGAGAAUGAUCGUGACUUGGAAAAUCAUUCACCACAACGGUCCAACUUGUCUCCCACUUCUACGCAUUCACAACCAUUGGAUGCUUUACCAAGCUGUAGUAGCAGUGAAAGCGGGGAAUUGAGCGAACAUGAAGUGUUCAUUGAUGAGGGUGAGCAUGCAGAAACCAAUUUGAAUCUGCUGGAUGAAAAUUCGAAUGACGAGAAUGAUGUGGACAACGAAACUAUGUCAGGUGAAAAUGAUGUGGAAGUCGCAGAGUCUUUAGCUCCAUGGUUCCAAAACAAGCAAAAACUUAAAUUCAAAAAUCAUCAGGAAAUACCUAUUGAAAGUAAUAAUAGAUCGAGAGGAAACGAUGGGCUUGACGAUGAAAUCAUGUUGCUUCAUCUGUUUGAAAUGCAAGAUAGAAAUUCAGCUUGGACUUGCUUGAAGCAACGAACUGAUGAAAUACAGGAUUCAAGAAAUGCUCUCUCUGGUUUACCAAACUAUAAUGCAAGUGCACUCCACUGCCCAGAGCCACUGGGCUCGAGAACGUCGUUGGAUUAUUUUAAUAAGCAACCAGAUCACGAUUCUUCUGCCCGUGAACAAAAUCGGCACAAUCGCCGAUCGUCAUAUUAUUCGCAUCUGUAUCAAAUGCAACUGGAUCCCAACAAUCGAGUUGUAUUAGAUGAGCAGCCAGAUUUCAGAUAUCAAGAUUUGUCCACACUUAUGUCUUUCAAUACCCAAGUAACAAAGUCUGAACCGACUACUCGAUCGAAUUCGAUUGAUGGUGAUAAAAAUCAAGUGAGUUCCAACCUCUCAGGCAUUGAUCUCAAUAGUCGUAGCAGGGAUGUAAAUGCAACUCAAAUUUCAGACUUGGCAGUGCCAAAUUUAUCUCUGGAAAGUAAGAAAGGUGGCCUAAAACAUUUGCCUCUCAAACGUCUAUCGACUCCUGCAUCAUCGAUGAAUACAAAUUCUAAUUUAGAAAAUGACAAGAUUAUCGAGUUUGAACGAUUGCUAGAACGCAUGGAACUUUCACCAAACGACUCGACUACACCUUCCAUAGCCAAUUUAAGAUCGAUUGUUGAAGAAGCUACCCCAUCAGCAAGCAACGCGACACUGCCAGAGUGUGCCUCGGGUUCAAGCAAUUUUAGUUGGGUACCGCCGUCUUACCAGCAAACGCACAAUCAUAAGAAAAAUAAGGAUCAUUCUUUACAAGGAUCCAGUAAUAGCGCGACCCAAAGUAGUUCUUGUAACAAAGCCCCUGACGACAGAAGAUAUUCAAAUUCUCAGUAAUAUUGCCAUGACGAAACGAAAGCCAAAUUUAUGAAUCUCAAAAUCAACAAGAGUCUCAACCGAGAGCACAAAAGCAUUUCCCAAAGCCCCUCGGUGAAAUUACGCGCCUUCUCUUAUUUAUUCUCUACGUCGUUAAUCGAUAUUUCAUUUCUAAUAGGCUCUAAUUAUAAUAAAUGUAUAAAUUUACUGUAGAAGAAGAAAUACGCAUCGAUGCAGUAACUGUUCUCUGUCGAAAGUAGUAAAUAACAAUAAUAAGAAAACAAUAAAAUAGGAGGGAAAUGCGCUGUCGCCAGUGUAAUGACAUUGCCAAUAAUGCACGUUGUGUUUGUAAAUUUAAAUUGUGUUCAGUAUUUCACGCGUGUACGCACAAGGAAAGCGUCAACAAGGAGCCGUCCUUGUACUUGAUCAAAAAGUACCUCUAUCCGUUAUAACUUUUAAUUUAUCAUUUGGAACAUGAAUCUCGACGAUUUUUUUUUUCAUAUGAAUGUAUUUAUUAAUCAAU